GUCAACGCAAACGGUUCGUAUUCGUGAAGUUCGCAUCUGAACGAAACAAAAAACAAGACAAACGAUGCGCGUGCGCCGUGCGAAUUUCGCAAAGUUUUGAAAUAGUCAAGAUCUGAUGUGAUGUGCCUAUAAACAGUGCAAUUACCAAAAAUAAUAGAAAAACAGCAAACAAGACAUACUUGCCCAUUGAAACACUCUUGGAUUAGUUUCACGACAAGCUAAAAAAAUAUAAACCAAACACACAAAACAAUAUGGUUCGCAGUUUGGCCCAGUGGACGAAGACGUUGAGCUUCCCCUCACGUCUCUCGCCCAAUCGCAAUUCCAAGGACUGCUCCACAUUGGCAGGUCCUGUGCCACCACCCACUCCGCCCCGAAAUAAGACGACCUCCAGCGGCAGCGGAAACUGCGCCACAUCGCGAUCCUCCUCGUCGACGGUGUCCUCAUCGCACUCGUCCUCCCACAGUUCGCCCACUCCCGGAAACAACAACAACAACAUGCCCAUCACGGAACUAGAACAGAUUAUAUAUCCCGGUCCCGAUCCGAAGCAUAUCAUGGGCUCCCUGGUGUUCUGCAUCCACCACAAGCAGGGCUGUAAGUGGUCCGACGAGCUGCGCAAGUUGAAGGGUCACCUCAACGUCUGCAAGCACGACGCCACGCAGUGUCCGAAUAAGUGUGGAGCACAGAUACCCCGGAUCAUGAUGACGGACCACUUGCAAUACACCUGCACGAUGAGGCGCACUCGCUGCGAAUUCUGCCAGAGUGAAUUCUCCGGCGCCGGAUUGGAGGAGCACAAUGGGAGUUGUGGCCAGGAACCGGUUUACUGCGAGGCCAAGUGCGGCCAGAGGAUCCUGCGCGGCAGGAUGACGCUGCACAAGUCCAAGGAUUGUGCGAAGCGACUUCGCCGAUGUGCCCACUGCCAGCGUGAGUUCUCGGCGGACACAUUGCCCCUCCAUGCUGCCCAGUGCCCCAGGGCUCCGCUCUCCUGCCCACAGAGAUGUGAGGCGGGUCCCAUUGCGCGUGGCGAACUGGAGGCCCAUCUGCGCGACGAGUGCCAAUCGCUGGCCGUGACCUGCAGCUUCAAGGAGGCGGGCUGCCGCUUCAAGGGACCACGUCAGAUGCUGGAGGCGCAUCUGGAGAGCAAUGCCGCCGCCCAUCUGUCCCUGAUGGUGGCCUUGAGCUCGCGACAGGGUCAGCAAAUCCAGAUGCUCAAGUCGGCGGUGUCGAAGCUCUCCAUUAACUAUACUGGCACGUUGCUGUGGAAAAUCACCGAUUGGUCGGCCAAGAUGUCCGAGGCCAGGGGCAAGGAUGGCCUGGAGCUGGUCUCCCCGCCCUUCUACACCUCCCAGUAUGGCUACAAGCUGCAGGCUUCGAUGUUCCUCAAUGGCAAUGGUCCCGGCGAGAAUACCCAUGUGUCCGUGUACAUAAAGGUCCUGCCUGGGGAAUAUGAUGCCCUGCUCAAGUGGCCCUUCUCGCACUCCAUCACCUUUACGCUGUUCGAGCAGGGAGCACAGAGCGGUCAGGGCGGAGUGGCCGAGUCCUUCGUGCCGGAUCCCACCUGGGAGAACUUCCAGCGACCCUCAAACGAACCAGAUCAACUGGGCUUUGGAUUUCCGCGCUUCAUCUCACACGAACUGCUGCACAGUAGACCCUUCAUCAAGAGCGACACCGUUUUCCUGCGCGUGAAAGUGGAUCCCAGCAAAAUAGUGGCCGUAUAGGAGGAACAAAAGAAAAGGCCUAGCUUAGCUUAAACAUUUACUCGACUUGUGUAAAUACUGUGUAUUUAAAUUUAUGAGUAAAUCGCCCCUAGAUUAUUCAGUACCAGCGGCAACUUCGGGCAAAUGUUGGCCUACAAAUGCUAACCAACCUUGGAAUGUUGACCGCUGGGCCACUGCAUCGUAGUCAUACUCGUGUUUCGUUUAGGUUUUUGCAGUGCUGAAAUUAAACCAAAGCAUACUUACGCAUUAGAGUUAAGCAAUUCAAUUCAACGCAUAUACAUAUAAGUGUGUAGCUACGCCUAAGUUCGUGUCUUAAGUCUUUUGCUUAGAGAUUUGUAUUAUUGCGCGCGAGAUUGCGAUCACUUUCAAAAGAUCUUCAAAACUAGACCGUACGCUCAAAAUCAGUUAGACCAUAUAAGUUGCAUGUACAUAGCGUUAAAUUCGGAGCAGCCGCAGCAACCGCAAACCUAGUUCUAGUUCUUAGUCUGUAGUUAGUUGCUAGAGCCAACGCAUUAGUCAUUAGUACCAUGAAGAGAAAAACAUAAACAUGAGAAUCCAACUUUCAGCAUAGUCAACUAAGUUUAUGUUUAAAAGCUACAAAGUCAAACAUACAAUAAAAUAAAAGCAAUUAUAAAUGAAAA